AUGGCGGUAUCACUUCAGGUACAGAGUGCGGCAGGGCAUGAUGGAGUGAAGGAACAUGAUAAACCGAUAGGACCGUUAAUGCAUGGAGCCGCAGGUGUACUAGGUGGUUCCAUCGCUACUGCAAUUUUUUACCCACUGGAUUUCCUCCGUACACGGAUGCAUACGUACAGAGGAGGAAAUACUUAUCCCUUGCGGUCUGCACGUCAGAUUAUUAGAGAAGAAGGAUUAACAGGAGUAUAUAGAGGUAUCACUGUAUCUAUUAUUUCUCAUAGCUUGGGAUGGGGAAUGUAUUUGAUGACCUUUCGAACUGCGCAGCAAAAAUUUUUUGGUCCUUUAGAAAAAAAUCUAAUAAAAAAUGAUACCUUGUCAGAUAAAGAUACUCACAAAGGUAGCGCUACUUGUGAUUUUAUGAGUGCUUGUGUUGCAUCAAUUAUUACUGGAACGAUGAUUACACCAUUAAACAUGAUCAAAACGCGACGACAAUUAUAUGAUGUAAGGACUUAUCAUAAACCACGAGGUUUUUUUAGUGGUCUUAAAGCUAUAGUUACUACGGAAGGUUUAUCCACACUAUUUCGUGGUGUUGGACCUCAAAUUCUUCUUACAGGAAGUACUACUAUUCAAGUGACAUUAUAUGAAGGAAUUAAACGUGAAAUAUUUAGUGAUAAUAAUAAUCCAACAUCAUUAGAGGUAGCACUUGCGUCUGCUGUAUCUAAAGCGACAGCAUCAACUAUAUGUAACCCUCUUGAAGUUGUACGAACCCGCUUGCAAGAUAAGCGAAAUCGAUCAUUGUUUGAGUAUCGUUCAAUGAGUGCUGCUCUUUGUACAAUAUGGCGUACAGAAGGUGUUCUUGGCUUGUAUAGAGGACUUCCAGUUAAUAUUUGUCGUGUUAUUCCCUCAACAGUUAUGGCUUUUGUUCUCUACGAGAAAUGCCUCGCAGCUGUAGUAGCAUUGAAUUCAAUGGCUAGACCUCUUCAAAGAUAA